AUGGCAUGCUUUUGGGUCCUCUGUUUUGUCCUUUUCCCCUACUCCUGGUCCUAUCCCGAAAGCUGGAUGCCACUUAUAAACCUUACCCACCACAUCCUACGUGAUGCCAACUCCUCCCUUUUUUCCAACUGCUGGGUCUGCUUGUCCACCCAAACCCAGCGCUCUCUAGCGGUCCCUGCUCCUCUGUCCACUUGGACAGACUCACCCAUGAAGCUUCACCUCACCUACUCAGUCAAGCCCUUUCCUGGCUCCUCUCCAAUCACCGACAUCGAGAGACGCCUCCAACUCUUCCAUCCACUGACGGCCUCCUAUUCUUUCCACAACCCUGAACGACGGGCCAUUGCUUUUCUUCAGCUCGUCAGCUCAACAGGCAUAUUCCCCAUCAUUACCCGGCUCACCUCUGUGAUAUACCCUGAGAAGGACCACUUCUUCGAAACCGCCCAACGCCCUUUAUGGGGACCACUCUUCACUGAGACUCUCCUCACGUCACAGGCUCCUCUCUGCAUAUCCCGCUUCUUCAAGGUCUCGGCUUAUGCCACCUUUGUAGGCACCCUCUCUGCCUCUCUCUGCAACUAUACCCUUCAUAUAGCACCUUCCACUAGUCAUGAAAACCUAGAUCUGUCCACCAUCCAUCCAUUCAAACAGGCAAUGAAAAGACCAGAUGCCAAGUGGAAAAAUCCACUCCGCUUUUCGGGACCCCCCUCCCUCAUCUCCACAAAACCUUCUUACUAUGCCUGCUCAACAGACAUGAAACACUGUCACACCUCCCCAGCCACUCCCUGGAUGCGCUGUCCUCUCUCUCCCUCGGGUACCUGCUACAAUGUUACACUAUUUGAAUCAGGCAAUUUAACCCACCCUGUUACUGUGUCAGUGAACCCUACCUACUUCAAGAUCAAACUCCAGGGACAGAGGGACCCCUAUCCACGCUCCCACUACCAGCCCCUCACAGGAGCUGCCCUAUCUGGACAAUAUUCUGUCUGGGAAAAUGAGGUCACUAUUCACGAAAACUGGGCUGUUACUUCAAACAUAUUCUCACACCUUCUUACCUUCUCAUACGCCUUCUGUCUCAACUCUUCAGGAGUUUUCUUUCUCUGUGGAACAUCAACUUAUGUCUGUCUCCCCGCCAAUUGGUCUGGGGUCUGCACCCUUGUCUUCCAAUACCCAGACAUUGAACUCCUCCCCAAUAACCAAACGGUGCUCGUCCCCCUUUUCGCUUCAGUUCUUUCCUCAACCUCAGCUUCUCGCCCCAAGCGGUCCCCUCACCUCCUCCCCUUCCUUGCAGGCCUGGGUAUCUCUUCUGCCCUUGGAACCGGCAUAGCUGGCUUGGCCUCCUCGAUUUUUUAUUUUCAACGGCUUUCUAAGGCUCUUUCGGAUACCCUGGAUGAAAUAGCUGCCUCUAUCACUACCCUCCAGAACCAAAUAGACUCGCUCGCAGGUGUUGUUCUUCAGAACCGCAGAGCUCUGGACCUCAUCACUGCCGAGAGAGGGGGCACCUGUCUCUUCCUCCAGGAAGAGUGCUGCUUCUAUGUAAACCAGUCUGGAAUAGUCCGAGAUGCGGCAAGGAAACUCCGAGAACGGGCGUCAGAACUUGGCCAACAUUCUGACUCUUGGGGACAGUGGCCAGACCCUGGAUACUGGCUUCCAUGGCUGACUCCCUUCCUGGGACCUCUUCUGUUUGUUUUCUUCCUACUGAUGUUUGGGUCUUGCCUUCUUAACUGCCUAACCCGUUUUGUGUCACAGAGACUUGGCUCCUUUGUGCAGGACACCACCAACAGGCAUAUGGACAGAAUUCUGCAAAAUUUCCAAUAUAAAAGACUUCCCCAAGACCCCCCAGAUGAAGUCACCACUCCUAUGUAA